ACGAGUGAGAAGAACAGAGAAAGAACACUUGUCACAUUAUUUGCGAAGUAAACAAAGAGCAGAAGGUUCUUUCUCUGCGGUAUUUGGGAGAAAAAAAAUUCAACGUAAAAUGCCAGAGGCGCUCGAUGAUGAAUCUCCAGAAGAGGAACAGAUGAACGAGUUUCCUGUCACAAACAUUCCCGUCCGUCCCUCUAGCACGUUCAGUAGCAGCAGCAGCAGCAACGGCGACUCCUCGGACAGCGGAAAAGGACCACCAGAUAAAAACGACGAGGACAAUGCAGACAGUGGCAACAGUUUCACUUUUCAUCCUUCUUCUUCCGAGUUUGGCACACCGAGAAACAGCAUGAUCAAUAGCACGAUUAGUAGUAUCUCCGAAAAUGUUCCAACUUACGCAAACAACACAGAUAUAACAUUCGCAAAUCGGCGGAAAAGCACAGAUGCUAGCAUCACUAAGCAGCGGAUUCCGAGUCCAGAAGAUAGUAUGUAUGGUAUUGAUACUUAUUCGGAGAUGGCAGAUGAAGAAAAAACAAAACUUCUCAGGUAA